AUGGCGGAGCGGCUCCCGACUGCCACUGAUCCAAAUGUGAACCCCAAUCAACCAUUUCUUCAUGACUCCAAUGACCCCACCUUGAGUUCCAGCACUUACGUGGUUCAGAUUCCAAAAGAUCAAGUUUAUCGCGUACCACCUCCAGAAAACGCGUUGAUCGUUGAACGUCAUGAUAAAGAGAAGGCAAAAUCCUGUUGUUCAUGCUGCAUUUGUUGUGGUGUGUUCAUUGCUAUUGUUGUUAUUGCUAUUGGGGUCAUGGCAGCCAUUACCAUUAUUUUUCUUAAAACUUAA